GAAAAGGCGCCAAGAGCGGUUGGAGCGGCGUUGAGGGAGACGCUGACGGCGACGAUGAUAAUGGCGGCGGCGUCGAGCGAGUGAAGCGUCCAGCGCUGCACCGGCCGCGCCAUGGGCUGGCACAACGUGGCGCUGCUUGUGGACGUGGCGUGCGGGGAUGGUGCCGGUGCCGGGGCGCGGCGGGCGGCGCUGCGGCUUCUGCUCCACUCGGCCCGGGGCGCCGGCUUACCCGCGCUGCGCUGGGCCUUUAAACCCUUUAACACGGCGGCGAUGAGGGGCUGCUCGUCCCGGGGCCGCGCGUUCCGGGAGCUGCGGCUGGAGCAACUGCGGGAGCUGGAGGAGGCGCUGGAGCCGGGCCGGGGGUCGAGCACCGCCACUGCAGCCGCCACCCACACGGCGCUGGUCGAGGCCCUGUCCGACCUGCCCUGGGACCGGCCCGACAUCACGUCCCCGGCCAAGGCCGCCCGCGGAGCCGCUGCCCACGCCCCGCUACCCCGGGCCCGCAACACCCUCUACCUCCUCGCCCCUUGCCCCAUGUCCCGGGCCCAGCUCCGCGCCUUCCUGCAGCUCCCCCUCUCCGCCGCCGACACCUGUCACCAAGUGGCCGAGAGGAUCGUCCCGCCGCCCGUCCGCACCCUGCUGUCCGCCCACAACAUCGCCCUGCACUGGGUGGACAUCCAGCCCCUACAGCAGUUCAAUGGAACUCAUGAUCAUAUUGGCUAUCAGUUAAUUUCGGAGGUGAUGCGAAUGGUUGGUGGAAGCUUAAUUCCGUUUGCUGCUUUAAUGGAACUUUCACUUAAAGAUUGUCAUUUACCUCUGGAGAAAACGUCACUGGAUUCCCAAGUUGACCAGAAGAAUGAAAUGAAUGCAAAGGGAUGUGUAAAGAAGUUGAAAACAGUGGAUGCUCUAUUUCCAUUUGAUUGCAACAUGAAUUACCUUGUAAGUGUGGACAGUUUCUAUCGAAAUACAUUUCCGCUUCAGCAUGGAUUACUGACGAUCCCACAUGGAGAACAGAAGGUUUGCUGUCCUAUCAUCCUGGAACCAAUUUCUUGUACUCAGAAAUACCUGACCGAUUCAAUCAACAUUAUUGUAAAAGGAGUUAUGUCGAACUGGGAUCCAAAAAGGAGAGACCUAUUGCCUACAUGUUCUUGGGUCUUGCAGCCAGCUGAACAGAAGGACACGAAAGAUAACUGUUUCCUUCCACGACUUUUGCUAGAAAUGGCAUGCAAUGAGUUGCAUCUGGUUGCUGAUGUAAGGAUGAAUGAUUGCCUGCCUCCAUGUACAGGAGUACUGUCUCCCUUGCUUUGUAAUACUGCCAUGUUCACAGUAAUUUGGCAACAAACACAAGAAUUUGAGGAGCUUCUCUUUCAGGCAGGGAUUGCAGAAAAGAUUGAGGGUGUAUCCCCUGACGUCUCUGAUAUUGUGGACAAAGCACUGAGCGUCAUCUCCGACAUUCCUGAGGAAUGUCUAACCUGUUCAGAGGAUGUUACUGUUCCAGAUUGGGUCGACUUGGAGCUGUCCGAAACCUCGCAGCAAAAUGUUUCCUUUAUUGAAGGGUGGUUUCCAUUGUCUGAAUUAUCAGGAGCAAGCUCCACUCUGAUGGAAUCGUUCAGAUCAAUUCAUGCAGUGGAUGACAAAGAGAAUAUAGACUCUGAACUUGCUCUGACUGGUCAUUUGGCUGAGUUUUACCAGAGGAAAUCUGCAAGUGAAGCUGGAGCAACUGGAGAACAUGCAAAUAAAAGAAAACGAUCUGGCCCACGAACUCCCAUCCGGCAGAAGAUGAAAUCCAUGAGUCGCUCUCUGCAGAUGCUGAAUGUUGCUAGGCUAAACGUGAAAGCUCAGAAGAGUUUGACAGAUGGGGUGCAACCGCUGACUGGAGAGAAAGCCACCAAUCCAUCUAAGAAACGUUCGGGGGACAGGCGGAAAAAUAAGAGAGCAAGAAAGGUUUUGGCUGAUUUUAAAAGUAGUGAGGAGAUGGUGUCCAGUCUGAAAGAGACCUACCAGAAAUAUAUUGUGGAGGAAGAAUUGUCCCAGUUCAAUUUUACAAAAAAUGCAAUCACUGUUAUGAAAAUGUACCUAGAAUCUACUAACACUGAAGAUCUUGAGGCCACAUGCAUAAAUCUAAUCCGGAUGCAGCUACUAAAGAGCAGUAAAUCUAUUCGACAGCUGUAUGGAAACCAGGAAGAUAAAGAACGUAAAGUCCGAGACUGCCAACUGCAGGUUUUGUUGCGUUUGGAGGUGUGCGAACAGUUUCCAUCACUGCAAAGUGAUACUGAACAGUUGGAACAUUUUGUGGAAGAAAUGACAAAUCUCCUACGCAUCAUAUCUUUGACAAAAGACACCACAUUUCUCGCAAAGUUUCUGGAGGAAGAGAUUUUAAAAACAUAUUUGCUCACUGUGCCAAAAAUAUUAGGCGAGUUGUACUUUGGAUUGGGGCAAAAUGUUCCAGAACGUCUCUCCGCAGUGCUUCCUGCUGAUUUCUUCAGUGAUGAAUCAAUGAGUCAAGAGCCCGAGUCACCUGGUGAAUCCCAGCCACCCUCCCUCGCUCCAAAUAGCAGCUGUGCAGAAUUUGAAGAGCAGCUGGAAAAACUACUUACCAGGUCUUCUAGGAAAAGAAGGAACCUUCCACUGACCAGACAUCGGAGCAUGUCUGAGCUGUCCCAUAAUUUGCGGCAAAUUCAAAUGCCUAAGAAGUCUGUAAAACCGGAGAAGGUGCAAUCUCGUUUGUCCUUGGGUAUUGAGCAACCUGUGCUACUAGAGUCUUCAUCACCAAUAGAAGUGCAAGAGGUCACAAAAGUGAGAAGAAACCUGUUUAAUCGUGAAAUGUUGUCUCCAAGGAAAAAAUCGAAGAUGCCCAGAAGCCGGUCUGUGUCUGUUGAUAAGGGAGAGAGACAACAAUGCAGUGAAGAAAAUAAAGGUACUCGGAAAUUACUAACCAAGAAUGUGACUGAGACACCACUUCACAAACAGAUGUCAUGCCGUUUGCUGCACAAGCAGAUUCAAGGAAGGAGGUCAGAGUCUAAUUCAGAUGUUAAUGUUGUAGAAGAAUCUCCAGAUAAAGCACUGCCUGUCUACCCAUGUCUAAGGAGGAGCCCACGAAUCAGGAAGGCAUCUCUUGCCCGAAGCCACUCAAACUCAUUCUACUCGGAUUCUCGCCCAAUGUCUCGCAGUUUGGAGAGAGUCCAGUCAUUGUCACAAAAAGCAAAUGGAGCAGGCACCCAAACAAUCCAAUCUCCAACUCGGGUUCUCUUCGGUGCUGUGGUUGGGCUCGUCAGUCCUAAACGCAAGAGCAUUUGUUCACCUUCUGAGGGAUUAUUGGAUCCAAAGUCUUAUCCCAAGCAAAUGUUGAUGUCUCCUGACAAGUCCAGAGCUGCCCAAGAAGCCUUGUCAACAUUGCAUUAUUUAACGCCAAGAAAGAAAGCAACGAAUGGCAAGAGCCUAAAUGUUGCCAAAAAUUUAUUAAUUGAACGCUUUUCACCCCGGAAUAUGUCAACAGACUCUCAAUUGCAGUCACCAAGACGAAGUGAACGUUUGAUUAAAGCAACGUCCAAAGAAAGUAAUUCACCGUGGAAAAUAGAAGGCCAAUCCCUGUUUAGAUAUCCUUUCAAUGUCAGUCCACAGCUGAAGCCAACAUCUCCUUACAAAGACCAAUCCUUGGUCAAACUAUCUUCUAGACGGAGUGAGCGCUUAGCAUCUCCUUUCAGAAACAUCUCAACUACAGAAUCUUCUUCCCAAGUGAAAGCAGCAUGCAAAAAUGUACCUGUAUCAAACUGUUCAGUAACGGAGUCAGAAGAACUAUCCCCAUCCUGUUUGAUUGAUACUUGGCCAAAAAAUAAACUUUCAAAGGUCAGUACAUCAGUAAAACAAAAAUUAAGAAAGUCAAAAUCAGAAGAAUUAUUGAUCUCGUGCAUGCCAAGGAAAUGUUUCGAUUCUCCCCCAAAAUUGGACCUGCUGGAGUGUUCAAAGAAGACUGGUGAAAGAGGUCUUGAUUCAAGCCCAUCUGAUAAAAGUACUUAUCUGCGGUCAAAUUCAAGCACCCUUUCUACACCGAGGAGUAUUAGCAAACUUAGUCCUCCAACGCCACUUAAAACACCAGUCAUGACGAGAUCAAUGUCUCUUCUACAUUCACCAACGAACUUUAGUGAGAGUCCAGUUGAGUAUCGUGUUACUCCAAAAUCGCAGUUGAAGACACCGUCUAAAUCUGCAACACCACCUAAAAACCUGGUGAAGACACGGUCAAUGUCUAACAGAACACCAGCCAAAUCUCAGUCAAAGCCCCCAUCCAAACACUUGAAAACAUCACCUAAAUUCCCUGUAGAAAUUGAGUCAGUUUUAGAUACAACACCGUUGUAUAUUGAAGAGUCGGGAAUUUCUAAAAGCACUGCAAUAUCUCCAUGCCUCAAAUCAAGGAUGAGAGCAAGGGCUGGUCUUAACAUUGUUUUCUCAACAGUUGAUCAGAAAACGGCAUCAAAGUGCAACUCGGCACCAGACAAAAGCCCUGCUGAAACUUUGUCACCAACUAUGUCAAGUUCCAUGUCUCCAUCUCUCAAUGAUGCAAAGAGAAUACUUGGUGUCACAGAACUUAAACAUAAUGUCUGUGAUUUGUUUGAAGCUUGGACAAUAUUGGAUACAUCAAUUAAAACAGGUUCUAAGACUGAAGCAGUUAUAGUACCAAUAAACAUUCCACCAAAACCUAUUACUGCAGCUCCUGGAUUAAACCAUGAAUUGAAAACCCCAGAAAAAAAUAAAAGCACAAUUCAUAAAGCAAAGAAUAAAUCUACCAAGGUGUUUGGGAAAUCAAAGUCUGAUGCUAUGCAUCAAGGAAACAUUGGGAUUCCUAACAUAACUGAAAACUCUAUCCCCUGCCAAACAACUUUGGACACGACUAUUGAUAACUCGCAGAAUCAUAGAUCUAAUGCAAUUGUAGCUUUGGAUUCAUCACAACCUGUCUCGUGCCCUUCUGAAAACACAACCUCUGAACUCAUUUCCAGUGUGAAUUUGAUAUUGGAGAAACCAGAUUUGUCUCAUUUGGUUAGUAGGAUGUAUUCUGAUGCAGGGAGCUUGCAAGGAGAAGAAAGUAGUGAUGUCUCUCAAGUUAAUAUUUUACCAAGGGACGGCACUGGUUUAAGAAUGAAAAUUGCUGUGCAGAGAAACCUGUCUAAUUCCGGUGUUCUUGACUUUGUGGCACCGACUAAAUUGCCCCUGCUUCAAAAGGAAUCAAUGUCCUACGAGUUCCGCUGGACUCCAGAUAGGAGACAGAGACUUGCAGCGGCACGGCAACAGCAAAUGCUAGAGGAUCCAAUGGGAAUGUCACCGCCAAAGGUUUUGAAUCGGCCCUCAAUGCCAAUCUAUGAGGUUGAAUUGGAAAUGCAAGAUUCUGGGCUUCCCAAACUUCGAUUCAAGCGGACCAAUUCUAGUACAGGGAUUAAACCAAAGGUGGAGAAAUCUGAAAGCAAUCAUAGUCCUCCCUCAGUUUGUUUAAAGAAAAGUGGAUGUGAAAGCCCAUUAGGUGAAUCACAAGCACAGUGGUGCGUUAAACAUUCAGGAAAAACUGAAGGCCAUAUAUCUCCAUCACUUUGUUUCCAUAGUUGUCUCAGCACUCCAGCAAAGGCUACACCCAGAAAAGGUGGAGUUCAGACUUAUAUCUGCCAAUCUUAUACUCCAACCCAGUGCUCCUCUAACACAUCCUCUCCGUCACAACCAGAUUUGGGAACAGUCCCAUGGACUCCUUCACCCACACACAAGCCCUGGCUGUCCCAAACACCAGAUGCCAUUAAAAACUGGCCAAGGAAGAAGAAAGCAGCCACCACUCCACUCAGUAGGAAGAGGCAGAAGAUGGACAAACCUGCAGUGGCGCAAAAAGAUGGCAGCUGUUCUACUGAACACGAAAGCAGCAAAACUGUACCUUUGGAAGAGCUAAGUAUGGAGGGAGUGAGCAGGUUGCAAGAUCGAUCGCCGAAUGUGGAAUGGGACCAAAGAUUGCCAGAUAGUCCAGUGAAAACUUUUGCCCUCCGUUCCAGAAAACGUGGAAGUGGUUUUAUUUCCCCUGUGGCAACAGAAGGAAGAGAUGUUAAAAAGCGAAAGGAGACUCAUUUUACUGGAACAUGCUCAGAUUCGGCAUUUGCAAUGGUAGAGCUACAAAAUAAAUCAUCUUCACCCAGCACGUCUGCUCCGAUUCAUAAAACUAUCUUGCACUGUUCCGUUGAGGACGAGGUCUUCAGUAAUCCAGUUGAAAUAUCACCAAGUUGUGCAGUUAGAUCAGGCCUGUCUGCCAGUGGCCUAAUGGCACUCACUCAGUCACCAUUGUUGUACACUGGGAGAACACCAGUGAAGAGAAAAGCUGGAACCAAAGAUACAGUGUGUGAAUCAUUGCAAACAGACAACUCGCCUUGCAGGAGAUUGGCCAGCGACAUUGACCAAGAUAAUUCUCCUUUUGCCAAAAUGCCUGUUCGCCGCUGCAUCACAAAGACCUACUCCAGGAAAAAAAACUACUAAUUAACAAGCAUCCAAAUCUAGGAUAGUUUUGUUUCAGUUCCUUUUCACUGGAGAAGCAAUAUGCAGUUCUACAGAAAUCCUGAAUCUUGGAAUUGUUUUGUGGUGGUAACACUGGAUGUGAUAAAGCAUUUCAGGUGGAAUCAAUUUGGAAGGAAGGAAGAACACUACAUUGCCACAAGGUUUUGAGUAAACCAUGUUUACUUAAUGAGACGGACUGAUCCAUUCAAAGGAAAAAGUAUUAUGUUUUUAAUAUUUAAAUAUUGUAUUUGAAAAAUGCUCCCUGUCCCCUAAUUGCGAGUACAAACUUGGACUAAAACUAUUUGGAUUAAUUGAAGGCAGAAUUUAAAGUGGGUCAUUUACUCUGUCUUUUUCACAAGGCUGGAUCAAAUGAAAAAGGACUAUAACUCUUGCUGUGAAUUGAAUUUCACACAUAGAAAUGGGUGGUUCAAUUAUUUAUUUGGAUGGAUGUUGCUGAUGAGAGGAAUAAUAUUAUAAAGGAUAAAGUAAAGUGGAUUGAGGGUCAUCUUUGUUAUACCUAUGAUUAAAAUCAUUAUCAUUGCAAUGUUUUUUAAACAGAAAGUCAAAAGUUUGCAAUGAUAUACCAACAGUAACCAUUUUAACUUUCUCCAGAUUUUAUCUUUAGCUCUAAUUGGAAUGUGUAUGAAAAAUAUACUUAAAAGCUGCCUUGAAUUCCCAGUGACUUCAAGGACGUUAACCUGAGACGAGAGCAGAUUCUUAAACCACAUGCCUCUGCCCCUCGCGUCGCAGUGGUCAAUGUAGUUCAGUCGUCCAUCUGAAAUAUUUAAUUUGAUCCUGGUUUUAAAAUUGAAUUCCCUAAUGUGUUAACAAGACCUUUACUACUGGGAAGCACACAUUUUAUACUAUUAAAUAAAAUUUUAUCUUUUCAAACUUUGUCACUAUUUAAUUUUUUUAAUGGAUUUUUACAGAAAAGCCUCAAUGGUUUUUACUGGUUUUGAGGUUUGUUUUAAAUGAACUCCAUUGAUGGUUAUAUUUCAGCAGAAGAUAACGAGCCCAUCACACGUUGAAUGCAGAUGUUGGUCGUGUACAAGAUUUCUCUGUAUGUACUAAAUUAGGGUAGUGGAAGUGUAAAUAUUGUGUAAAGUGGUCUUAAUUUAAUGAAAGCUGUUAUAAGUAUUUCAUUUAGAUUGUGAUAAAUUUGUUUAUUUUGGAAUAGACUGGAAAUUAUAUUACAAGCACCUGGAACUUGUACAUGUUACUUCAUAGACCUUGAUGAAGGCUCAUUAAAGACAAAUGAACCUUGCGUUUCAAGUGUUCAUCCACCAACAA